AUGGCGUGGUUUAGAGCUGGUUCUAGCAUAGCAAAGCUUGCUAUUAGGAGGAGUCUAUCUCAGGGUGGUUCGUACACUGCCAGAACGCGGCUGAUUCCUGCUCAAAGUCGGUAUUUCCAUGGCACGGUCUUUAGGCCAAAGGCACAGUCUGCACCUGUCCCCCGCCCUGUCCCUCUCUCUAAGCUCACUGAUAGUUUCUUAGAUGGAACCAGCAGUGUGUACUUAGAGGAGCUUCAACGCGCAUGGGAAGCUGAUCCUAGUAGCGUGGAUGAGACAUGGGACAACUUUUUUAGGAACUUUGUUGGUCAGGCUGCUACAUCUCCAGGCAUUUCAGGUCAAACUAUUCAGGAGAGUAUGCGGCUAUUGCUUCUGGUUAGGGCAUAUCAGGUUAAUGGCCACAUGAAAGCCAAGCUGGACCCAUUGGCCCUCGAAGAAAGAGAGGUCCCUGAUGAGCUAAACCCGGCUCUUUAUGGCUUCUCAGAAGCAGAUCUUGAUAGAGAGUUCUUCUUAGGAGUUUGGAAGAUGGCUGGGUUUUUGUCCGAGAACCGGCCUGUGCAGACCCUUAGGUCCAUAUUGACGAGGCUUGAGCAAGCUUAUUGUGGGAGUAUUGGAUUUGAAUACAUGCACAUUUCUGAUCGUGAGAAAUGUAAUUGGUUAAGGGAUAAGGUUGAAACGCCUACACCGAUGCAGUAUAACCGUCAACGUCGCGAGGUCAUUCUUGACAGGCUGAUAUGGAGUACACAGUUCGAGAACUUCUUGGCCACUAAAUGGACUACAGCCAAGAGGUUUGGACUGGAAGGUGGAGAGACAUUGAUCCCUGGCAUGAAGGAGAUGUUUGAUAGGUCUGCAGAUCUCGGUGUGGAGAGUAUCGUUAUUGGAAUGCCGCAUAGAGGAAGAUUAAAUGUACUUGGAAAUGUGGUAAGAAAGCCUCUACGCCAGAUAUUCAGCGAGUUUAGUGGUGGCACGAAACCUGUUGAUGAGGUUGGGCUCUACACGGGUACAGGUGAUGUCAAAUAUCACUUGGGAACUUCUUAUGAUCGUCCAACUAGAGGUGGAAAGAGAAUUCAUUUGUCUCUGGUUGCAAAUCCUAGUCAUUUGGAAGCUGUGGAUCCUGUUGUUAUUGGAAAGACUAGAGCUAAGCAGUAUUACUCGAAUGAUCUGGACAGGACAAAGAACAUGGGAAUUUUGAUUCAUGGUGAUGGUAGCUUUGCUGGACAAGGUGUAGUAUAUGAGACUCUGCAUCUUAGUGCACUGCCAAAUUACAGCACUGGUGGGACUAUACAUAUUGUGGUGAACAACCAAGUAGCUUUUACAACAGAUCCACAGGCAGGCAGAUCUUCGCAGUAUUGUACUGAUGUUGCAAAGGCCUUGAAUGCCCCAAUCUUCCAUGUAAAUGGAGAUGAUGUGGAGGCGGUUGUUCAUGCUUGUGAACUUGCAGCUGAAUGGCGUCAAACAUUCCACUCUGAUGUUGUUGUGGAUUUAGUUUGUUAUCGCCGUUUUGGCCAUAAUGAGAUUGAUGAGCCAUCUUUCACACAGCCCAAAAUGUACAAGGUCAUCCGGAAUCAUCCCUCAGCUCUUCAGAUUUAUCAAAACAAGAUCUUAGAAUCUGGGCAGGUUAGUCAAGAAGAUAUUAGCAAGAUAAAUGAGAAGGUCAACGCAAUCCUGAAUGAAGAGUUUCUGGCCAGCAAAGAUUAUGUUCCUAAAAGAAGAGACUGGCUUGCCUCUCAUUGGACUGGAUUCAAAUCACCUGAGCAGGUUUCACGCAUCCGAAAUACGGGGGUCAAACCUGAGAUCUUGAAGACUGUUGGAAAAGCAAUUACUUCUCUUCCAGAAACUUUUAAACCGCACAGAGCUGUGAAGAAGGUUUAUGAGCAACGUGCCCAGAUGAUAGAAACAGGGGAAGGCGUUGAUUGGGCUGUUGGAGAAGCCCUUGCUUUUGCCACAUUGCUUGUAGAAGGUAACCAUGUUCGAUUGAGUGGUCAGGAUGUCGAAAGAGGAACAUUUAGUCAUCGCCAUUCUGUGGUUCAUGAUCAAGAAACUGGGGAGAAGUACUGCCCUCUGGACCAUGUUGUAAUGAACCAAAAUGAGGAGAUGUUUACCGUCAGUAACAGCUCUCUGUCAGAAUUUGGUGUGCUUGGAUUUGAAUUGGGUUAUUCAAUGGAAAGCCCAAACUCACUGGUUAUCUGGGAAGCUCAAUUUGGUGACUUUGCUAAUGGUGCUCAAGUGAUAUUUGAUCAGUUCUUGAGUAGUGGUGAGUCAAAAUGGUUGCGUCAAACUGGUCUUGUUGUGCUUCUUCCUCAUGGAUAUGAUGGCCAGGGUCCUGAACAUUCAAGUGCACGAUUAGAGCGCUUCCUACAGAUGAGUGAUGACAAUCCCUAUGUCAUUCCUGAGAUGGACUCUACCUUGCGGAAACAAAUCCAGGAAUGCAAUUGGCAGGUUGUGAAUGUUACAACUCCUGCAAAUUACUUCCAUGUUUUGAGGAGACAGAUACACAGAGAGUUCCGCAAACCUCUUAUCGUGAUGGCUCCCAAAAAUCUGCUUCGUCACAAGGACUGCAAAUCAAAUCUUUCAGAGUUUGAUGAUGUCAAAGGCCACCCUGGUUUUGACAAGCAAGGCACAAGAUUUAAGCGUCUAAUAAAGGAUCAGAAUGCACAUUCUGAUCUUGAGGAGGGCAUCAGACGCCUGGUUCUCUGCUCUGGAAAGGUCUAUUAUGAGCUUGAUGAGGAACGCAAGAAGGCUGCUGCAAAGGAUGUUGCUAUUUGUAGGGUGGAACAACUGUGUCCUUUCCCAUACGAUCUCAUCCAACGUGAACUGAAACGAUACCCAAAUGCCGAGGUUGUUUGGUGCCAGGAGGAGCCAAUGAACAUGGGCGGAUACAACUACGUAGCACCUCGCCUGUGCACAGCCAUGAAGGCACUCAACAGAGGUACCAUCGAUGACAUCAAGUACGUGGGCCGUGCUCCCUCUGCCGCCACUGCCACUGGUUUCUACCAAGUCCACACGAAGGAACAGUCAGAGUUGGUGCAGAAGGCUAUCCAACAAGAAGCACUCCAUUCUCCCGCUCAAACCGUAGUUCUAUUACCUGUCGUCAAACGAGGAACAGCGAACGAUGGAGCUCUGAAGAGCUCGAAUGAUCCGCCAUGGUUCACGUGGCAAGUAAUUGAAGAAGGUGACAUGGUCUCCACCAUUGUGCCGUGA